UAGCUGUCCCCUCCCAGCCUCUGCCUACUCUACCUACCCUACAACAGAUGAAAUCCGCGCUUGCACCAAUGCUAUAUGGGAGAUGGCCUCCAAGAUUGUGUCAGUGAACGACGAUAUUGUUGCAAAGUAUGGAGAUUGUGCUUUGGUUUACCUUGAACAACAUGUCCCAGAAGGUCCGGUCCCUCGACUGUACGCGAUGAACUAUGGUUUCAAACAACUCUUCUUGGUCAUGCAACGCGUUCCAGGGGUGCCGCUGAAUUCCAUUUGGCCAUUUCUGGCGAACACUGAGAAGGAUGAUAUCAUCGGAAACCCCCAAGUAAUGUAA